AUGAGAAGCAGCUAUGAAAACAAGCGCGUCAGAGCGGGAGGAGGCUGCCCCCCUCAGGCCAACUGCUGCUACUACAGUGUACGCAAUCAACAGGCUGAGGAAGGAGGAAUCGAAUUUGGAAACUCCCUGAGGAAAGGAGGCGAGGAGCAGAGAGUUCAAGAUGGCGGACUCAGCAGCCUCCCUCUAAAGUCUCUCUGUGAGUGUGAGGUCACCAUGUCGUCCACCUCCUCCUGUUACUCCUCCUCUGGGGAGACCAGCCCCGAGGACGUGCCCCGAGGAGGAGGCACCAUCAGAGUCUACCUCCCCAACAAGCAGAGGACCGUGGUGAACGUGCGCCGGGGGCAGACUGUGUACGAGAGUCUGGACAAAGCUCUGAAAGUGCGAGGGCUGAGCCAGGGCUGCUGCGCCGUCUUCAGGCUGUUGGAAGGGAGGAAGCGUCUGACGGACUGGGACACAGACAUUACUCCUCUGGUGGGGGAGGAGCUGCUGGUGGAGGUCCUCGAUGAUAUUCCACUUUCUAUGCACAAUUUUGUACGUAAAACCUUCUUCAAGCUGGCCUUCUGUGAUUUCUGUCACAAGUUUCUCUUUAACGGCUUCCGCUGUCAGACGUGUGCAUACAAGUUCCACCAGCACUGCAGCAGUAAGGUCCCCACGGUGUGUGUGGACAUGGACACGGUGAACAAGAGUAAAGUGGAGCCUCCUCAGUUUGUAGAGGUGUAUCCACAGAUCUUGCUGCCGGAACAUUCCCCGUCACAGAGCAACCUGCACUUUACCCCCGACCCCUCUGGGUAA